ACGUGCGCUGAUUAAUUAUCUUUACUAAUAAGUGCAACCUAAAACAUGGAAAAAAAGCACAUUUAAGAGGGGAAUGAAAAGACGCAUUUUUAGGCUUCCUGGGCUUUUUUUUCCAGGCAACUGAAAUUCAAGGUCCCAUGGAGGUUGGGAUCAGAUCAGAGCAGAGUAGGGGGAGUGGGAGAAGUGGAGGCACUGGGAGGAUUGUGUGAAAAGAGAGCAGGCCAGCGAGGGAGACAAAAGAGGCUGCGGCUGUAUUGAGUGAGCUGGUGGUGUGUCCGUCUAGGAAGCCACAAGCUAUAACCGCAUCCCCCCUCUGCUUCCCCCUCAUUCUGGCCUUUAUGCUUCAGACGGAGACACAUAUCGAAGGAGACAAUUAUAAACACCGAAUCGUUGGAAGCGGAGCUGAGUUCUUGGGAAGACAGCUCCCUGUAACCGGGUUUCUUUCCUCUCCUCUCCCCGGUCCUUCAUUGCGCGUUGAGCUCGGCGUGGCGUGGUGUGGCGUGGCGUAGGGCUGGAGAUAUAACCCAGAACAAAGGAGCCUUGAGCAGGGGAAGGAGCGAGUCGAGACUAGCUCUGCCAUUAUCUUUGAAACCCGGCCAAAUGCCUCUGUGAGAGUCACAGCAGUACAUUGGCUUGCUGGUGUAUUUCUCGACGAAGCUUUCGGUCCGAAAACGGAGACAAAAUAGGAAGGAGGAAUUAAACAAAACACGCACCAGGAGACACGCAAGUCGGCGGCUACAAUGUUUCCUCAAAACCGACCACCGGCGCCUCUUCAGCCACCCCCGGGGUCUUCAGCCUCAGUGGUGGCGGCGGCAGCGGCGGCGGCAGCAGCAGCCUCAGGGACGCCCCAGUCACUGAAACUAACCUAUCCAGAAACUCUGGACCGCAUAAAGGAGGAGUUUCAGUUCCUGCAGACACAGUAUCACAGUUUGAAACUGGAGUGUGAGAAACUGGCCACGGAGAAGACCGAGAUCCAAAGACACUACGUUAUGUAUUAUGAAAUGUCCUACGGCCUUAACAUCGAAAUGCACAAACAGACAGAGAUUGCCAAGCGGUUGAACGUGAUAUGUGCUCAGCUCAUCCCCUUUCUGACGCAGGAGCACCAGCAGCAGGUGGUCCAGGCCAUGGAGCGCGCCAAACAGGUGACCAUGGGGGAGCUAAAUGCUUCGAUAGGGGUACGUGGGCUCCCCCCUCUGCCUCAGAGCCAGCAGCUUCAGGCCCAGCACCUCUCCCAGCACGCCCAGGGUUUGCCAGUCGGCCCACACCCAUCAGGACUGCCCCAUCCCGGUCUGGCACUUGGCGGCGGGUCCGGCCUGCUGGCCCUGUCCGGUGCUUUGGGGGCCCAGCUUGCAGCCAAAGAUGAGAGGGCACACCUGGAGGCGGCGGCGGCGGCAGCCUCCGCCGCUGCAGCAGAGCACCACAGAGACCGGGAAGCCGGACCAAGCUCCCUCUCCAACGGGGACAAGGGUCGCCCAACAGACUACCUCAGCAACGGCAAGAAGAGGAAAGCUGAAGAGAAGGAGUUCAUGACAGACUAUGGCAGCGAUGCGGAUAAGAGCGAUGAUAAUUUGGUGGUAGAUGAGGACCCAUCGUCCCCCCGCAGCGUGCAGUCGUACUCGUCAAGGGAGAACGGUUUAGACAAGAUCCCCCCGUCCCGUAAGGAAGGGCCCCCGCAGGCCAGCCCCACCUCCCUGGCUUCAUCGAGCAGCGCUCCGUCCCCCUCCCGAGGCAAAGAUCCCCCACAGAGAGAGAAAUCUAGCACCCCUGGUAUGAAGCCGGGGACCCCCAUGUCUCAGGAGUCCAACACCCCGGGGCCGAGUGGCCCCCCACAGUUCAGACCGGUGCCAGGAAAGCCCGGCGUCGACCCACUUGCUCUUGGUCUAAGGAAUCCCCUGGCGGUGCAGGGGGCCUACCCUCCGGGGGCUUUUGGCCUGCCCCCUCCGGGGGUGAACGGAGAUCUGCCCGGGGCGGGGGGCUACGGCGCCGGCCUCCACCUGGUCUCCCCGCAGAUGAAUGGAGCUGCGGCGGCGGCAGCGGCUGCAGCUGCUGCGGGCUACGGCCGGUCCCCUGUGGCAUCUUAUCUGCUGCAGGUGGGCUACGAGUCUCCACACUCACAUAUGAGGGUCCCCGGGCUUCCGGCCAGCCUGCAGUCGGCCUCAGGAAAACCCGCUUACUCGUUCCACGUGAGCGCCGACGGCCAGAUGCAGCCGGUGCCGUUCCCCCCCGACGCCCUGCUGGGCCCGGGCAUCCCGCGUCACGCCCGUCAGAUCCACACGCUGAGCCACGGGGAGGUGGUGUGCGCCGUCACAAUCAGCACCUCCACACGCCACGUCUACACUGGAGGCAAGGGCUGCGUCAAGGUGUGGGACAUCAGCCAGCCGGGAAGCAAGAGCCCCAUGGCCCAGCUGGACUGUCUGAACCGGGAUAACUACAUCCGCUCCUGCAAGCUGUUGUCUGACGGUCGGACCCUGAUCGUUGGAGGCGAGGCCAGCACGCUGUCCAUCUGGGAUCUGGCCACGCCGACUCCCCGCAUCAAGGCGGAGCUGACAUCGUCCGCACCGGCCUGCUACGCCCUGGCCAUCUCCCCCGACAACAAGGUCUGCUUCUCCUGCUGCAGCGACGGCAACAUCGUCGUCUGGGACCUGCACAACCAGACGCUGGUCAGGCAGUUCCAGGGCCACACGGACGGAGCGAGCUGCAUCGACAUCUCCAAUGAUGGCACCAAGCUCUGGACAGGAGGGCUGGACAACACGGUCCGCUGCUGGGACCUGAGAGAGGGCCGGCAGCUGCAGCAGCACGACUUCACCUCACAGAUCUUCUCCCUGGGUUACUGUCCGACAGGCGAGUGGCUGGCUGUGGGGAUGGAGAGCAGCAACGUGGAAGUGCUGCACGUCUCCAAACCCGACAAGUACCAGCUGCACCUCCACGAGAGCUGCGUCCUCUCCCUCAAGUUCGCAUACUGCGGUAAAUGGUUCGUGAGCACAGGGAAAGAUAACCUCCUGAACGCGUGGCGGACGCCCUACGGAUCCAGCAUAUUCCAGUCAAAGGAGUCGUCGUCAGUUCUCAGCUGCGACAUCUCACCUGAUGACCAGUUCAUCGUCACCGGCUCUGGGGACAAGAAGGCCACAGUCUAUGAAGUCAUUUACUGAUCUCUGAUUGGCUCCUCACUGAAAGCUAUCGAUCCCCGGGGGCCAAGCCGAGGCCCCCUUCCUGCACCGGUGACUGUACAGGGUGUCGGCGGUGUCUGAAGAGCAGGAGACACUCAACUCGUACUUUGUCGUUUUGUUCGCGUUUGUGAGAAAUGAGCGAGAGAGAAGCAAAGGAGACGCAAAGUCACAUCUCUGGAAAAUAAACUUUGGUGUUUAACGCUCUGAGAAAGCUGGUUAGUCUAUAGCUACACUAAUGUGGGACUCCUCCAAAGAACCUUUCUUUUUUUUAAAAACGAAAAAAAACAACAAAAUAAAACCUCUGUAGUGUAAAAGAAAUUAGAAGAAAACAUUUCUUUUUCUUUUUGUUUACCUUUUGGAUUAAUUGCAAACAGUUGAACUGAUUUGAAUGGCGGAGGUUUAAUUAGAGCUGUCCUGACGGGGGUCCAAGCCGGAGUCAUCCCAGCUCUGUGUGAAGUUCUGAUCAGCACACAGCACAUGUGGGGGUGCUCUACUGACGUUCCAGAUACUUUUUGCUUUUCCUUUUUUUUUUUUUUCCAGCAUCAUGAUUGUAACAUUUUUUCAUGUAUACAUGACGGAACAGGGCUUAGUUGGUUUCCUCUGAAAGGUCCAGAGAAUCAGACGAUUUUCAUCCAUUUAAAAUUGGGGAAAACAAUCUCAAAUACAAGACUUUGAAGUCGGUCCAAGCAACACGUUCUCUUGUGUUUCAGGGUAAGCGCAUCUUUCAUUCAGUAUUUCAUGUUUUCGUUGUAUUUGUUAGGGCACAUACAGAUGGACUGGCCUGUAUUUUCAUAGCUACCAUUCUGAUCCAUGAACCUCGAACAUGUAAAUAAAGGUCACUAAAGGCAAAGGA